UAACCCUAAAAGUCAUUAUGAGGAAGUGACAUAAUCCUAAUUACAGGAAGUAGGUGCAGCAUCUCUCGACUAAAGCACUAUUUUAGAAACAGUUCUGAUCAUCAGAACGAGAGAGAGAAGAAGCAGAGACACAGAGAAGCACGAUGGAAGACUUCAAAUGGAUCAAAAUGUCUUUAUUUCUGAUACUGCUGCUUAACUUUACAGCAGCAGCAAACAGACAGUUUCUGCUCUCCUCCACUGUCAGAGAUGGAGAUGAAGUCACUUUGUCCUGUGAAAAUGUGAGAGAUGAUCAGAAUAACUGUGAUGGUACAACAUGGAAUUUCAGUUAUUUAAGAAGCACGGAAGUAGAGCUGGUUAUACUUGGUCAGAUUGGUGUAAACGCCAAAGCUAAAUCGGACAGACUGAGAGUUACAGAGAACUGUUCUCUGGUUAUAAAGAAUAUCAUAGAGGAGGAUGCUGGUAGUUACUUCUGUCAGCAGUACAACAAAGCAGGACAAAAACAAGGUCGAGACGCUGAGGUUUAUCUCUCUGUUAUUACCAUGACUGAAAAGAAGAACAAUGAUGUAGUGACGUUAAACUGCUUUGUGUGGACAUAUGAUGAUUGUAGACACACGGUGAAGUGGCUGUAUGAGGGUAAAGACAUUAAAGUUAAAGAUCACCCAAACAUUGAGACAUCACAGAAUGGCUGCUACGCCGGUGUGAAAUUGCUGGAUCCUGUGGGUUCUGGAUUAAUUUACAAACCAAGGUCUAACUUAUUGAAGUGUGAAGUGACAGAUGGUUACACAAAAGAAGUGCAGCUGUUUCCCUUCAUCCCUCCUCAGUCCUCAAGAGAGAAACCAGCUGCUGAUGCAACGACGACGACAACAAUAUCACCAACAUCAGGGACAAUGAGCACAUCAAAAGCAACAACUGAAGCAACAAGAACUUCUGCUAAAAGGACAGAAUCAGUAACAACCACCACAGCAAUCAAUGAUCCUUCAACCAAACUACAAGCUGCUGAUGCAACAACGACGACAACAAUAUCACCAACAUCAGGGACAAUGAGCACAUCAAAAGCAACAAGAACUUCUGCUAAAAGGACAGAAUCAGUAACAACCACCACAGCAAUCAAUGAUCCUUCAACCAAACUACAAGCUGCUGAUGCAACAACGACGACUACAAUAUCACCAACAUCAGGGACAAUGAGCACAUCAAAAGGUUGGUGGUGGUGGCUGAUUGUUGUGUAUGUGGCUGUUGCAGCUCUCAUAAUCAUCACUGUGGUUGUUGCAGCUCUCAUAAUCAUCACUGUGGCUGUCCUCAGAUGGAAGAGAGCUAAAGGGAACAAAACACAGACGGAGGUUGAAAACAUGGCUGAUCCUGAAGAUGGUGUUUCCUACGCCUCCAUCAGCUACACCAAGAAGACCAACAGGAGAGCCCAGGCUCGGGGUGGAGAUGAUGAUGAAGAUGAUGCAGUGACCUGCAGCACCGUGAAAGCUCCCUCUUCCUCUGCUGCUGCUGCAGCCUCUGCUGAUCUCAGCAACCUCUACGCCACCAUCAACAAACUAAAGAAUUAAUAGAGCACAGGGUAGUUACAGCUCGUAUCAUUACAGAUAUAUUUGGUUACUUGAUAUGGAAGAAAGAUAUGAUAAACAAAUGAUUAGCUCAUAAUCAAGAGAUGUGCGCACAAUGUUCUAUAACUAUGGCCGAGGCAUUUCUCAAUAAGAGCAACAGGCUGAUCAUGUAUGGAUUGAACCUAAAAAGCUUACAUUUAAGAUGAUAACAUAGAAAUACUGUAUAUUAUUGAAAAUUAUGUUGUGUUAUGUGUAUAUAAUGUAUCUAAAAAGGUUAUGUGCCCAGCUGAGAUCUCUGUAUUUUACCAUUUACUGUUGAAACUGGACGGUUUGUCAGUCUGGAAGAAGACAAGCAGGUUUGUUCAAUUCACUAAAUCCUGUCUAACUGCUGCUCUCCCCGGUGCGUUACACAAACACGCUGAAAGACACCUUUUUCAUCGCUUCAGACGCUGACAGCCACUGUCCAAAAGUCCUUAUUUUACGAGUUUGGAAUGAGAACGGGUUGUUUGUACAUAUGGAUGAUGCACAAAUAUUGAGUUGGCUAUUUGCAUAUGAGGAUUUUAGCUUAAGUAUACUUGGAGAGAGCCUGGGAAAUGAGAUAAAGAUUUUUUUAAUCAGUGUUAUUAUAAUCUGCAGGAAUGUAGCCGUUUUUGUCAGUGUACAGUUCAUAUUCAAUGCAAUUCAAUUUUAUUUAUAGUGUCAAAUUACAACAGGAGUUAUCUCAGGACCCUUUACAGAUAGAGUAGGUCUAGACCACAU